AUGGUCAAUGAGGUCAACCAGUAUAUGUCUAAUUUAACUGAAGGUGAAAGAAAGACAUAUUUGACUUCUGACACAACGUGUAAAGACGAUGGUUCAAGUUCAAUUCUUGCUGAUGUGCAUACACCAGAAUUCCUAAAUACUAUAAGAGCAUUCAGCCUUCCAAUUCAUUCUUUGACUUUAAAAGUGGGGUUUCCUGUAAUGUUAAUGGGGAACAUUGAUCAUAGUCUUGGUUUAUGCAAUGGAACUAGGUUGGUGGUAACAAAAUUAGGCAAUCAUGUUGUUGAAGGAAGCAUAUUGGCAAGUCCUAAUGCUGGGACUAAGACGCUUUCCAAUGUUGGUUUGAUACUCAAGAAACCAGUUUUUGUGCCUGGCCGAUUAUAUGUUGCUACAUCAGGAGUGAGUCAACCAGAUGAACUAAAAAUUUUAGUAUGUGAUGAAUCAAAACAAGAUUCUUUUGCUGCUGUUUUGCCAAGCGAAUCGCGUAAACCCUAA